ACCAGGUGCGGUUUACUGUUUCAACCCGACCGACCACAGGGAGACCUCAGUCCACGACGGCGACCGCCCGAAUCUGCGAACCCUCUAAGGUCUCCGCCUCGCUCCAGGACUUCUCUCUCCGCGGUAGCUGAAGUGUCUGGCGGACACCGGGGAGCGACUGGCAGCAUCGCUUGGACACGGGCUGGAGACACGCAGGAGCUCUCGACAACCUCCUAGUCGUGCCCCGCAGGGAGAGCACGCGCUACUUCCUGCUGCCGGCGCGUGCGGGGGAAACCUGCCAGCAAGAGACUGGUGCUCCGAGCACACCGCACAACCCAGGAGGCCGCGAUGUCGAGGUGGUGGAGCUGGUUCUCUGCGGCGGCGACGCUGCUUCUGGGCGUCUCGACGCUGCAGCUGGCGCCGCUUGUGGCCGAGGGAGACGCCGAGUGCGCCUUGCUGCUGGACGGGCCCGGCCGCACCAGCCUCUUCGACUACAACCUGAACGCGCUCCGCGGAUCCAUUGGAUAUGGAGGUCAACGAACGUGCAUCACUUACGACGCUGUGAAUCAAGCUUAUCUGGAUGCUAGGAAAAGGAUGAACGUGGCUCAUCCAAACUCUCACAUGUGGGCGCCCGAAGAGAUCGCCUCAGUGGGAGAACUUAUACUGGACGUUUCAACCCAGCUGGCCAAGAUCUACGGCCUGAGCUACGAGGACAUCGAGAAGGGACUGCCCCUGAUCGACACGUCCAAGACGCUGAUCCGGGAGGUGUGUCCGCCCUUCCUGGCCAACGUGGAGUGCCGGCCGGGCAAGUACCGCCGCUACGACGGCCUCUGCACCAACCUGCAGCACCCCACCUGGGGCGCCAAGAACACGCCCUUCACCAGGCUGGUCGGCCCGCUGUUCGCCGACGGCAUGAACUACCCUCGCAUCGGCACCUCGGGCAACGACCUGCCCCUGCCCCGCGUCGUGUCCCGCACCAUGCACCCGGACGAGGGCUACCACGACCACGCGGGCACCGUCAUGGUGGUCGCCUGGGGACAGUUCAUGGACCACGACUACACCCUCACCGCCACGCCCCUGGACCCGCACAACCGCAACGAGCCCGAGGAGUGCUGCAACAGGCCGCCGCACCUCAAGAACCCCUACUGCAUGGAGAUCAUCAUCCCCGACGACGACUACUUCUACAGCCUCUUCAAGCUGCGCUGCAUGGACUUCGUGCGCAGUUUCCCCGCCGUCAGACCCGGCUGUCGACUGGGUUCUAAGGUACCAUUCAACACUUUACCCGGUGUUAUUGAUGGAAACACCGUGUACGGAGCAUCAGAGAAGUUUGCUAGGCACCUUCGCGUCGGCUACGGGGGCUUGCUGAGGAUGAACCCAGUGUUCGCCGAGUACGGGCUGAAGGACCUGCUUCCUCUGAAGCUGGACAUCCCUGACGAGGGCUGCACCAGGCCCAACAAGUCCAUGUACUGCUUCGACGGAGGCGAGAUCCGAGUGAACGAGCAGCUGGUGCUGACGUGCAUGCACACGCUGAUGGCGCGCGAACACAACAGAGUCGCCACGGCUCUGGGGCAGAUCAACCCCCACUGGGACGACGAGACGAUCUACCAGGAAGCCCGCAGGAUCACCAUAGCAGAGAUACAGCACAUCACGUACAACGAGUUCCUGCCCAUUCUCCUGGGGAAGGAGGUCAUGGACAAGUUUGGGCUGCUCCUGCAGAAAGACGGCUACUGGGACGGAUACGACCCCAACGUGAACCCGGGUGUGAUCGACGCCUUCGCCGCUGCUGCCUUCAGGUUCGGACACUCCCUGCUGCCCACCGCGGUGGAGCGGUGGAGCAAAGCACACAAGUUCAUCGCAUCCAAGAGACUGUCAGACCUGAUCCGUCAGCCCUACGACCUCUACCGAGCUGGAGUCCUGGACGAGUACUUCAUGGGCCUGAUGAACCAAGUGGCGCAGGCGAUGGACGAUUCCGUAACGCAAGAGGUAACGAAUCAUUUAUUCAAGAAACCAGGAGCUCGGUUUGGCAUGGACUUGGCUUCGUUCAACAUGCAGAGGGGCAGAGAGUUUGGUAUCCCCGGCUACAUGGACUUCAGGAAAUUCUGUGGUCUGCCAGGAGCCGACAACUUUGAAGAACUUUUCGGAUCCAUGUCAAACGACACCAUCCGAAGAUACGUAUCAAUUUACGAGCACCCGUCUGACGUGGAUCUGUGGUCGGGAGGUGUGUCGGAGAGACCCCUACCCGGGAGCAUGGUGGGACCUACCUUCGCCUGCAUCAUCGCCACGCAGUUCAGCUACUCGAGGAGGGGGGACAGGUUCUGGUACGAGCUGCCCAACCAGCCUUCGUCCUUCACGCCAGAACAACUUCAAGAGAUCCGGAAGGUGAAGCUGUCGAGGGUGAUAUGCGACAACACCGACCUCAUAGACACCAUACAAGUGUACCCCAUGGUGCUACCUGACCAUGAGAUAAACCCCAGGGUGCCGUGCAAGAGCGGCAUUCUCCCGUCCAUGGACCUCACCAAGUGGGCGGAUAUUCCGACGGCAUCGAACCUCCUGUUCGAUGCCCUGGGCAAGAAGAAGUAGUGCCGCGACAGCCCUCCUUCACCGCCAGUCGCAGCAGAACCACAAGAACGAAAUGGUCACCAAACCGGAAAUAAACUCGGUGGAUGAAAUCACCAUACACCCCCCCCCCCCCCAAAAAAAAAAUCCAACCAAAAUCGCGACUCGGGGACAAGCGUGAAUGACACUGUAAUAUAUAUUUUUUGUAAAUGGAACAGAAAUAUUUAUCUAAAAUUUCAGAUAUUUGUAAAUUUGUACACUUACAUGAAAGCAACCGUAUCGCUUAAAAAAACAAACGGUGUUCGUAGUAAUGCUUGGUUCGGAUUUUUUUGACCUGGGCAUUUGUGCAUUCAGUACCUCCUAUAAUUGAAUAGUUUUCCAGUAUUACCUGCGCACAUUAAUAAGCACGUUAAAUCUCAAUCUAUUUUUUUUUCCGUGCUUCGAAAACAUUAUGAUUAAAUGAAACAUUAAUUAAAACAUAAAAAGUGUUGCACAAAUUUACAAUAUCUUUCUUGUAGUAUUAUAAAGUAUUUCUUGGCAACUGGUUUCCAAAGGAGUAUUUUAUAAAAGUUCAGACAGUAUUUUUUUUCCCCGUGUACAAGCACUCUACUUCAAAGCUGCACUCUGGAACUGAAUCAGUUUAACAUCGGGCAUAAAAAUGUUUGUUGACUAUCGAACGCUGAAGGUACCAACUGUAGAUUCAGGUGGCUCUCAUAUAUGAUGACACGUAGCCCGGAAAUGUGGUCAUGAUUGAAGCAGGUAUUUUGUGUUGAAACUAUCCAUAUCUAUAAAAAUGAAUGUUUGUUUGUCCCGUGUGCGUUUCUAAACCAUUCUCCUGAUCACGAUUAACAUUUGCACACUUUACCUUUGAAACACCAUGAAUGUUCACUGUCUAGGUGAGAUUUCGAAAAACCCAUUCCACCCCCCUUUCCCACUCCUUAAAACAUAACUUUGUUACUACUUGAUGAAAUUUUGUUCACUUUGCAUUUCUAAAAAGGUGAAAAUUUAGAAUAAAAGUGUAAGGUCACUGCCUACAUAAGAUUUUGAUAAACAACCCCAUCCCCUUUAUUCAUUUGUUAAAGCAUAAUGUUGGUACAUACUAAUGAAAUGAAACAUAAUGUUUCGAACAGGAAAAAAUUAACUGCUUUAUCAGAUUUAAAAAUAGCCACCCACAUAUUCCUGUCCUCACGAGGUUUCAAAAACCACCCCGUCUCCCUUUCCCAUCCCUUAAAACAUGGGCAUUUAUUUACGUAAUUCUGCACACUUGACGUUAAAAACAAGAACAUUUCUAUCUACAUCUGAUUUUAACAAACCUUAAAUGGAAUAUGUGAGGUUUUGAAAUACUGCUUACCUCGCCUCUCUCUCCCACAUCGCUCUUUUAUACCGCUUGAAUCAGAAUGUGGGCAACACAUGAUGAAUAUUUGCACACUUGAAGUGUAAACUAAUACGACAAUUAUUGCCUACAUACGAUUAAAAAAAAAAAGAAUCCUGUGUUCAGCCCGGGCAACUACGGUCAGCUAGUUCUCUAUACACAAUCUGCACCUUUAUACUCUCUAUUUUUGUAGAUGGUGAGGCUAUUUUCAAUUAUUCAGUUCUGGAGUGCAGUUCCUUGUGCUGCAAUGAAACUGUGAUAUUAAAAAAAACAGAGGGAUAUCAAACGUUUGACAAUGGAAAAAAACGUUUUAAUUUCCAGUUUUGAAAUGAUUGCCGAAUUCUGUUCGAACGUGUUACUUUCGAUUGUUACAUGAUAUUUUUUUUAUUUAGAGGUUACUUGACGUUUCAUAUCGUCCUAUGCAUACACCAGGACAAAAUAUUUGUAGAAGAAUAGUGUUAUUUCUGUCCAUUUCAGUGUUAUACACGAGAUUCUUAAGUGUAAUAAUCAAUGGAUUUACCCCAAUGUCCUUGAAAUUGGAUCAAUGUACUUUGGGACACCUGUAAUUCAGCCAGGUGACUUUUCCUUAUUAAUUGAAAGCUCAUUUCUAAUAUUUACUUAAAAAAAACAAUAACAGAAUUAUUCCCUCUUACUGUUUCUAGAUAUUUAAAGAACAAUUAACACAACGGAUGUUGCAGCCAAGCCGUUAUAAUGAGUUAUGUACAUCGAUGAAACUUCAGUAUUUCUACUUUUUUUUUUUAUAAUUUGACAUGUCUUAUCAUUAAGAGUGACCAUUUAAAAGUAGCAUCACACAAUGAAAACAUCGAGUUUAUCAACGGUGUAAAUAUGGAACUUAAGAGUUCAAAGAUUUUUAUCACAUUGAUAAAAUUAUCUUUUCUUUUUUUUUUAGUCCCAAACCGAGCAUGAUAACCAAGUCCAGAAAGAAAAGUUUGACUAAUCACUCAUUCUUGUGGCGUUGCUGAAGUUCUGCGCUAGUUAUAUUUAUUUAAUUCUUUUCUACGAAACUAAAAAUUUUAUAUGCAUUAAUGACACACAUAUACAUUAUACAUUAUUGCCAACAAAAUGUUAUCUUAUUUUUAUAAGUGGCUUAAAAUAGUGUAUCUUGUGAUAUAAACGUUUCGAACUACUAAGGAAGAUACAUAUUCAAAUUACCAACAAAAUAAAUAUGAAUCAACAAAUCACUUACAGAAAUUUUCUCUGUAAGGUCUCCACUUUCCAAAUGAAAAUAAAAAUUUUAAUCUCUCUUUUCUCUAAGAUAGUUUAUCUUGCUAUUGCUGGCUUGUGUGGCCAUGCACUUAAAUUGGCCUGCAGUUAUGAGUAUUUUAAACAAAUGAUAAUUUUCUGUGACCAUUAGUUAAUGUUCGAUUAAAACACGCUAUAAAAUAGUUUUAAAAGUGCUAUAGUUUAUGUUUAUUAUUUAGAGAAAAAUAUUAUUAAGUUAGUGAGAUACUUACUAUGGCAUUACUUUUUUAUUUUCUCAAUUUGUUAGUAAAAUAUAUUAUGUAAUUGCAAUUUUAUUGGCGUCUCUACUUUGAAACGUUUACAGCAUGAAAUAAAAUAAUUCUAAGCCUUUUCUGUCAGUGUCACUUCUCACUAGAAACUACCUCUGCGUUAGAUAACUCCAUCUUGUCGUACUAUCGUAACUAAUUGAUACAGUAGCAGAAAAAACCGGUUAACAUUAUGUUGAAGAUUUUACCUCUGCUCUUUUUAUUACUGUAUGGAUUUGAAUAAGUUCAUUUGUUGAUGCUUUUACAGUUCUAAUAUGGUUUAUUCUACAAGGAUAUUCUUUCAAUGUACAUAUAGCAUUUUUUAAGUUAACUUGCAAUGGUUUCGUAAUAAUGAAAAUGUUAUCUGAAAUUAUAAACAUCAAUAUAUGUAUUAUAUAACUUUCAAUUUUCACGUUUUUAUAACAACCUGGUAAUGUACUUAGUGUGAAGCUUGAUCAAAAACAGUUCUGACAUGCAUAAACUUGAUGAGAAAUAGGUAAGUUAUGUAUAUAUGUAAUUUUUUCCAUUAGUAAAAUUUAAACCAGAUCUUCAAAAACAAUUGCAUAUGAGCAUGUAAGGGUUCAAAAAACAACCAAUAUUUCCAUUAAGGGUUGGUAACAGACAACAGAAAAAUCGAGUUCAAUUCGUUAAUAUUAUUUUUAUUAUUUAUAGAAUAGCAGUUAAAAAUAUGCGUCUUCGUCCUUAUUAUCUGUUGUGUUAUGAAUCUCUCAUAUUUGGAAUAUCUUAUUAAUAACCUAUUUUAUGGGAAAAGCAUGCAUAAUAAAUCUUUAUCUCGAAAAUUUAAGUUAUAUAAAUUGCAUACAAAGUUAUUAAUUAUUCUAAUUACAUAUAUAAAUAUAUAUAACUAAGCGGAAAAUUCAGUGUUUCAUUUAAACGAACAACAAAAAAAUAAUGCAAAAUUUGCAGGUCUUAGUAACAAUCUAUCUUCUAACUAUAAAACAAAAUCUCUAACCGCAUUUAUCUGUCUGCUUGCUUAAUUCUUCUAAACUACACAAUGGAUUUUGAUGCAGUUUUCAAAAUCAUUUUGAAUUUUUCUUUCGGUGUGUAAUGACUUCCUAUUAAAUUUAAAGAUAGUAGAGAAAUAUUUAAGUUUUUUAAUCAAGUAAAUUAGGGUAUUUACAUGGCUUACGAUGACUUAUACAUCAAAUUGUAGGUCUUAAAAAAGCCCACAAAAAUGUAAGGAUAUCACAUAUCUACUGCUAAUAAAAUGACUAGAAACAGUCUUUUUCGAUGACAGUUAAUUAAGCGCAAUGAUAAACAUUCAAUAUUGCAGGAAUGGAUUUAAGGUAGACCGCUUUUCACAUGGACAGCCCUUUCGCAUGUGACUUUUAAACAAAAUCAAGAUCUUUUUGUAUUGUCUAAUGAGCAAAAGUUGCUAAAAUUGUUUACAAAGAAAUCCUUUAAUUAUUGGCAGUGCAUGUUAGUUUGUAUAUAACACGAAUUUACAAAUCUUUUUAUUCAUGCCAUCACUACAUGUAAAAUGUUUUUAGUACAAGGAUGUGUGAUGAACAUUCUUAAGAGUGAGUAUAUUUAACAGAAUAUACCAGGUUGUUAUAAAUUAGUGCUAGAGUCUUUGCCUAUUAGUUCUAGCUAAUUGCAUACUGCAAUUUCACUGUAUUUCUGACAGGAAAAAAACAGCGAAGAAUCACGUAGAUUGUAUGUAGUUACGUUUAAAGGAUGCCAUAUUUUCCACAUUUGGAAACCAUUCUGUUUGUCGUUGUUCUAGUUUAAGUGAUUUUUAAAUAAUUUUGUAGAUUUAGAUUUUUAUAUGUUUUAUAUUUUAAACCCUUUAUAACCAGCUGCAAGUGGCACAAAUAUGAACUCUUUGACGAUUCAAAUGAGGUUUCAAUUGGAACAAUUUAUUUCUUUAAACAAUUUAAUAAUUGAAUGUAAUUACUUUUUCAAGUUUUAUAAGUUGCUGCAUUAAUGAACAAAAUUAUAUUUCAAGAUGUAGUCUUUUAAUGUGAUAGUUACGGAAAUGUAUACUUUAAAUGUUUCUGAAAUAAUAAAAAACCAGAUAAAUUUAUGUCACAGGACUAAAUGUUUCUACAUUUGUGGCGUAGUUUUUGUUUUCUUGACUUUUCUUUAAGUUUUUGUUAUUUAUGUGGUAAGGUAAAAAUAUAAACUCAUUUACAUUUGUAUAUAUGAUUUAUAAUUUGGGAGAGUAAAACAGUAACCGUUCAUCAAAACUGUUACAAAUAUAUAAUUUAUCUUUGUUUUUUGCUACAGUAUGUUAUUGUAUUAUACUUCCAUACCAAUGUGACUAGAUGUAAAUUAAAUUUGUAAAUAAAUUGUACAUUUCAAGGUAAAA